CCGUGCAGGGCCCUUCCGGCUCAUGUGCUUGUCCAGGGUCCCAGAGGGUCUGGCAUCUGAUGAAAGGGAGACUCCGGGUCAUGUGUGUAUGUUUCUCAUUAAGUUCUACCUUCAGAAAUCAGCUUGGGAGACAAAGCAAGAGAAGGUGAACUUGUUUGAACAGAAGGAGUUUCUCUUCCUUCAAGCUCGCCAGCCAGCCUAUAAGCCUUCAUAAAGCAGCGAAGGCGGCUCCCUUCCCUGGCCGACUCAUUGACGGCAUUCACCGGAGUGGCUGGCUGCUGAGAUAAAGGGUGUGUACGCACCACACUCCGGCCAGGAGAGCCGAGCAGUUAAACUACUUGCUGUCUCCUUCAAAGCCCUAGGAUAUGCACACGUUCCCUGCAAGGGCCGACCCACCACAAUGAGACCCUGCCCAGGGAGACUGGGUCGCCUGCGCCACGCUGUCCAGUGGCUCCUGCUUUCGGCUGUGCUCAUCUUCCUCUUCGCUCUGCCCUCCUUUUUUAAGGGACCCAAUACAAAGCCUAUCAGGCGUCAGCAUGCAGAGACCAUUAAAGAAAGGUCGCUAGAGCUGCUACAAAAGACUUCGUCCCGGGCAACCCCUACGGCAAGGAGGACGGCCACCCACGUGGAGUCAUCGCAGCGGCCCAGCACGCAGGCCACACACCCCAAGGCCACCACCCACGUGGCUGGCAAGGGCAGAGGGGCAGAAGCCAGCGAGGCCAGUGCAGAGGAGCCGAGCAGAGCACCCAGCGCAGCCAGGACAGCAGCACUGGAGACACGGGACAGCAAGGAUGCCACUGUGUACAUGCCGCCCCUGAGGGGUCACGGCAGCAGGACGACCUCUGGCAAGACAGAGGCACCAUCGCUGAAGGCUCAGGACACAAGGAUGACCGAAGGACCAGGGGACAAGAACUCGAGGCUGAUGGCCCCGAGGACGGUGCCCACAAAGCCUCAGGGCCACUCGAGAGCCACAGCAAGAAUGCCCCUUCCAGGCAGUCAGGGGGUGCGGGCCCCAGCGGGAGUCAGACUCAAAGGAGCCACCAUAGAGGCUGUCCCACCCAAGAAGAGCACCCAGGCCACCCCGUCCUCGGCCCCUCCGCAGAGCCCCACCACCCAGAGAGCCCAGAAACUGCAGGCCGCCAACUUCAAGUCUGAGCCGCAGUGGGAUUUUGAGGAAGAAUACAGCCUGGACGUGGGGGGGCUCCAGACAACCUGCCCUGACUCGGUGAAGAUCAAGGCCUCCAGGUCACCCUGGCUCCAGAAGCUCUUUCUGCCCAACCUCACCCUCUUCCUGGACUCCAGACACUUCAACCUGAGCGAGUGGGUUCGCCUGGAACACUUCGCUCCGCCCUUUGGCUUCAUGGAGCUCAAUUUCUCCUUGGUGCAGAAGGUGGUGACACGCUUCCCCCCGGUGCCCCAGCAGCAGCUGCUCCUGGCCGCCCUCCCCAGUGGGAGCUCCCAGUGCAUCCGCUGUGCCGUGGUCGGUAACGGAGGCAUCCUGAACAAUUCCCGCAUGGGCCGGGAGAUAGACGGCCAUGACUACGUGUUCCGGCUGAGUGGAGCUGUCAUUAAGGGCUACGAACAGGAUGUGGGCACUCGGACGUCCUUCUACGGCUUUACCGCCUUCUCCCUGACCCAGUCACUCCUCAUCCUGGGCAGCCGGGGCUUCCGGCACGCACCCCUGGGGAAGGACGUCCGCUACCUGCACUUCCUGGAAGGCACCCGGGACUAUGAGUGGCUGGAAGCACUGCUUCUGAAUCAGACCCUGGUGAAAAAGAGCCUUUUCUGGUUCAGGCACAGGCCCCAGGAAGCUUUCCAGGAAGCCUUGCAAAUGGACAGAUACCUGUUGCUGCACCCGGACCUGCUCCGCUACAUGAAGAACAGGUUCCUGAGGUCUAAGACUCUGAACACGGCCCACUGGAGAAUAUACCGGCCCACCACGGGGGCCCUCCUGCUGCUGACUGCCCUUCAGCUCUGUGACCAGGUGAGCGCCUAUGGCUUCAUCACUGAGGGCCACGAACGCUUCUCCGAUCACUACUACGACAAGUCAUGGAAACGGACUAUCUUUUAUAUCAACCAUGACUUCAAUCUGGAGAGAACACUCUGGAAGCGGCUCCAUGAUGAAGGUAUUAUCCGGCUGUACCAACGUCCUGGAACUCCCACACCGACCAUCUGACUGGAGCCUGGGCCGAGAAGGCCCUUCAGUCACAGCAAGGAGCGUGGGACAGUGGGGCGUGGAGACGCCUGGGCUGUUUCCCAGCGCCUCGACCAGGCUGCGAGUCCCUCCAGACUCCAGGUGGCAGCACAGAGCAGGCGGAUGCCCUCAGAAUGGUAAAGGACUGACUGAGGCUUUCAAGACCUUCCAGAGUCUGUUCCAUGGAGGUGCAGGGGCUCCAUUCUUUCUUUUCUUUUUUCUUUUUUUUUUUUUUUUU